CGAAGUGAAAUUCGAUUUAUCCGACUCUCUCGUUGAAGAUUUACAUUCAGUUGUCUUUUUUUCUUUGACAAAGUAGUAAUCAGAAUUGUUAUUAUUCAAAAAUUAAAUGCGAUUUUUUAUUCUGUAAGUAUAUGUUGCAAUAUUCAGUAGAAAGGAAACUAAAUAUUAAAUUAAUAAAUUAAAAAUUGUUUGUUUUUUGUAUUUUGUAAAUACAUGAAAAUAAUCGUAGUACUAUUACAUUUUUGCAAUUUCAUUUUCACGCAAUAUAGGGAAUAAAAAAGAGAGAUCCUUUUUGAAUGUCAUUGUAGAGAAGAGAAUAUUUAAAUAAGGAAGAUGUCUUUUUUCGUGGACGUUGUAACUGAAGAUUCGUUUUAUGAAAAUCUCAUGUUGGGCGUGAUGAAAAUUUUGGAAAAUAGUCCGUGCGUGAAAAAUGUUGAAAUUGAGAUGAGAAGUCCUUGUGAUAGAGUGGCACUUUCCACUUGGGAGCAAAGGCAUUGUUGUAAUUUACCUGAAGAAAUGAGGAAUUUUUAUGCUUCGGUAGAUGGAUUUCUUUUGACUUGGAGUCUCGAUAUUGCAGGGGAGGAAUUUCCAGUUGGUAAAAUGGAGAUUGGUGAUCUAGCAUCUUUGAAACGUUUUGUGGGCACUAAAGAACAGCAAGCGACAGCGGAAUUGAAUCGACGUGAAGGUCUUCAACUUCCUUCGUUCAGCCCACGUUGCAAGCUCUUUGAAAUUGGUCAAUGUGGUGAAAGUAAAAUUAUUCUCGUUUAUCAAAUUGCCUCUGAUCAAGGUGAACCUGGAAUAUGGCUUUAUCAUGAAAGUAAAUGUCAAUGGCACUAUAUUACGAGUAAUUUCACAAAUUAUUUUCGUAUGAUGUUGGUACAUCUUGGACUACCACUGUGGCAAUAUUGCGUUGUUGGUCUGUCAUUACCCACAUGGGUGGAGCAAGUGUUCUUUUUAGUUGGACCACAUCUUCUACCGACGACGAUAAAAUUUAAAGAAACUCUUUCAACCACUCUUUGGAAUGAGGGUCCUAUCAAUGUCAUUGAUCCGACAAUUUUUAAGGGCAAGGAGAGUAAACAGAGAAUUUUGAAGAAGAAGUAAUGGAGAAGUUUGCUCGAAUUUUUAGGUGCCUAUACAAAUUUAGUGUCAAAUUAUACAAAUUUAUUAGAAAAUGUUUAAAUGCAAAUUAUUUGUAAAUUUACUUUGAAAGUAUGUGAAGAAGUUAACUUUAGAAGUUAAGACAUUGUUUAGAUGAGUUGUCUUCUAGAAGAUAAAGUUUUUUAUCUUUCGGAAUUUUAAGUCUUGAAUAAAAGAUUUUAACUAAAAUUUCAAUAAAAAAAUUAAGGGAUCUUAUUCUUUUUUCGUAAAUGAAAUAGUUUUGUUAAUAAUAAAGUUUGAUAAAUAAGUCAAGCGUUAUUGAUAUAGUCUUUUUGUGGAUGGUACUGAUUCAUUGAUCGUAAGUGGAAAAUGUCGAGAAAUUUGAUACAGUAAAACAAGUAGUCGAGUAUGGUGGAUAAUAUACAUUGUUACAUAAUACACCUUUAUCCAUUAGCGAGUUAAUAAUUUAUCAUUUGUUUUGACGAAUCCUUGGCCUAAUUGGCACUGAUUUUCAGACAAAAAGUUUUAUCAGUCAAAUUCGUAAUUUUUUUAAGCAUAAGUUUCUGGUUGGCAAACAGUAUUGGCCACGUGACAGUUUAUAAUCGCCUAUUCGUCGCCAGUGUUGCAUUCCUUUACCUUUUUUUUACAGCAUUCAAAAUGUCUGCAUUGGAUGGAAAUUAUGUUUUUGAAAACAAUUUUAUUUAUUUGCCUUUAUCCGUACGUUAAUAAUUAGCUGGUUUGUCCAUUUUUUUGUUCGGUCAUUUUAUUUUUAACAGAAGCAUUGAUUUUGUGGCGCUGCUCUUGUUUUUGAUUGAAAGUAUUUUUCUUUGGUUUCGUACAGCUUCUUUUGUUUAAAGCUGAAAAGGAAGAUGCUUUAAAUUUUUCCUGUCGUUUCGGUUUAAAACGAACAUUACUUUUUGAUUCUGCACCUCUUGCUUUGGCUGAGAUUGAAGCGUUUCUCUUUAAUUUUGUGCCUUCGCUCUAUUUUUGACUAAAACUGUAGCAUUUCGCUAUUGAUGCUUUUAUUAUUACUACUAUAUUUUUGCAUGAACCUAGAGUAUUUCCUGGAGCACUUCAAGCUUAAAUAGGUGUACUGAUUACUCACGAACUGCAUUCUGGUUAUUUACAUUUUUAGUACUGAGUUUACUAUUCAUUACUCUUUACAUUUAGUACUCAAUUCAAAACUUUCAUAAACCAUUUUCUCGCUUUUUUCAUACGUUUGGUUUCUCAAAUUCGCUCAUUAGUUUUUUUUCAAUAGACCCUUUUUUCAAGGUAUUGAUGAAAUAGUCAUUUGUUAG